GUAAAACGAAAAGGCUGCCAUAGCCAAAAUACUUGCAGAGUCAUGUAACUUCCACCUUGUUAACCCGACUAAGAGAUAUUUCUCGACGAGGUAAGAGUGUGUUGAAUUUAAAAGCCGGAGGAAACGGUGAAGAAGGAAUAUGAUACUGCCAGUGAACACCGUAACAUCCAAAAGUUGAUAAUGGAAGUACAAACCCAUCCCCAGAAUCCUGGCUCUGUUACAGAAACAUGUGUAAUGACAGACGGUGAGAGAGCGUUGCUGGAUGAUCUCAAGAAAGAAUCUGAUACUGACAUGCUGGAAACAGAUUGUCUCAAGAAACAGCGUAGUGAGUGUGGGAAAGAAUUCACAGAAAAUGGCCAUCUGAAGAGACACAUGAAUACACAUGAAAGUGGUCACAGUGAUGUGAAUGGGAAACCUAAUCAGUGUGGGGAAUGUGGGAAAGUGUUUACGCGAUCAAGUAACUUGCAGACACACAUGAUGAGUCACAGUAGCGUCAAGCCUCAUAGAUGUGUUCAAUGUGGAAAAGUGUUUACGCGAUCAAGUAACUUGCAGACACACAUGAUGAGUCACAGUAGCGUCAAGCUUCAUAGAUGUGUUGAAUUUGGGAAAGUGUUUACGAGAUUAAGUACUUUGAAGACACACAUGAUGAGACACAGUGGACAAAAGCCCUUUGAGUGUGAUGUGUGUGGGAAAGUACUAAAAUCUUCAUGGAGCAUGAAAAUGCACCAUAAGACUCUCCACCGUGGAAUCAAACCUUUUAAGUGUGCCAAAUGUGGAAAAACAUUUUCACUAAGAAGUACUCUGAAGGGCCACAUGUGGAUUCACAGUGGAAUCAAGCCUUUUAAGUGUGCUGAAUGUGGGCAAGAAUUUGCACACUCAAAUAACAUGCAGUCUCACAUGAGGAGUCACAGUGGAAUCAAGCCCUUUGCGUGUGAUGUGUGUGGGAAAGUAUUCACAACAUCAUGGAGCUUGAAGAUGCACCAGAAGACUCUCCACUGUGGACUCCAGCCUUUUAAGUGUGCUGAAUGUGGGAAAACAUUCACACUAAGAGGUACUCUGGAGUGUCACAUGAGGAUUCACAGUGGAGUCAAGCCCUUUGGGUGUGAUGAGUGUGGAAAAGCAUUUACACAAAGAGGCACUCUGAAGACUCACAUGAGGCUCCACAAUGGUAUCAAGCCUUUUAAGUGCGGUGAAUGUGGGAAAGAGUAUGCACAAGCAGGUACUCUGCAGGCUCACAUGAUGAGUCACAGUGGACUCCGGCCUUAUAAGUGUGAUGAGUGUGGAAAAACGUUUCCACUAAGAGCCACUCUGAAGACACACAUGAGGCUUCACAGUGGAAUCAAGCCUUUCAAGUGUGCUGAAUGUGGGAAAGAGUUUACAGAAGCUGGUAACCUGCAGACACACAUGAGCAGUCACAGUGAACUCAAGCCCCAUAAGUGUGAGGAGUGUGGGAAAACAUUUAGACUAAGAGCUACACUUGAGAUUCACAUGAGGACUCACAGUGGUAUCAAGCCUUAUAAGUGUGUUGAAUGUGGGAGAGAGUUUGCACAAUCAGGUACCCUGAAGUCUCACGUCAGGAGACACAGUGGUGUCAAGCCGUAUGAGUGUGAGGAGUGUGGGAAAACAUUUACCCUAAGAGAUACUCUGAAGAAUCACAUUAGGAUUCACAGUGGAGUCAAGCCCUUUGAGUGUGUUGAAUGUGGGAAGAAAUUUACAGGAGCAGGUGCCUUACGAUCUCACGUGAGGAUUCACAGUGAAAUGAAGCCUUAUAAGUGUGGUGAGUGUGGGAAAACCUUUACACAAAGAAGUAAUCUGAAUACACACAUGAGGAUUCACAGUGGGAUCAAGCCUUUUAAGUGUGAUGUGUGUGGGAAAGAGUUCACACGGGCAGGUACCCUGCAGUCUCACAUGCUGUGUCACAGUGGACUCAAGCCCUUUAAGUGUGAUGAGUGCGGGAAAAAAUUUACACAAAAUAGUAAUCUGAAUGCACACAUGAAGGUUCACAAUGGAACCAAGCCUUUUAAGUGUGCUCAAUGUGACAAAGAGUUUGCACAUGCAGGGAGCCUGCAAUCUCACUUGAGGCAUCACAGUGGAGACAGGCCUUUUACGUGUAGCGAGUGUGGGAAAACAUUCACAAUAUCAAGUCGUCUGAAAAGACACAUGGUGCAUCACAGUGGAGACAAGCCUUUUAAGUGUAGUGAGUGUGGGGAAACAUUUGCGCUAAAAAGUUAUCUGCAUGCACACAUAAAGCUUCACAGUGGAAUCAAGCCUUUUAGGUGUGGUGAGUGUGGGAGAGAGUUUGCACACUCUGGCAACCUGCAGUCACACAUGAGGAGUCACAGUGGAAUCAAGCCCUUUGAGUGUGAUGUGUGUGGGAAAGGGUUUGCAAGAUCUUGGAGCAUGAAGAUGCACCAGAAGAGGCUUCACAGUGAAGUCCGGCCCUGAAAGUGUGGUGAGAGUUGGGGGAACAUUCACUGCAUCAAGUUGUCUGAAGACACACAGAGGGCAUCAUCAGGGAGUCCUGCCCUGAAAGUGUGGUGAGAGUUGGGGGAACAUUCACUGCAUCAAGUUGUCUGAAGACACACACAGGGCAUCAUCAGGGAGACCUGCCCUGCCUGCCCUGAAAGUGUGGUGAGAGUUGGGGGAACAUUCACAGCAUCAAGUUGUCUGAAGACACACAGAGGGCAUCAUCAGGGAGUCCUGCCCUGAAAGUGUGGUGAGGGUUGGGGGAACAUUCACUGCAUCAAGUUGUCUGAAGACACACACAGGGCAUCAUCAGGGAGUCCUGCCCUGAAAGUGUGGUGAGAGUUGGGGGAACAUUCACAGCAUCAAGUUGUCUGAAGACACACACAGGGCAUCAUCAGGGAGUCCUGCCCUGCCUGCCCUGAAAGUGUGGUGAGAGUUGGGGGAACAUUCACAGCAUCAAGUUGUCUGAAGACACACAGAGGGCAUCAUCAGGGAGUCCUGCCCUGAAAGUGUGGUGAGGGUUGGGGGAACAUUCACUGCAUCAAGUUGUCUGAAGACACACAUAGGGCAUCAUCAAGGAGUCCUGCCCUGAAAGUGUGGUGGUGGCAGGCAUCAGAGUGAAGUCAAGCCUCACUACUGUACAUAAGCUAAUGGCGCAAGUGUGGGAAUCAUUGAGCUUAGUGACAAAGGUACAUCAGCUAUCAAUGGCAAGUCUUUUUCUUUAAGUGAAAAUGUUGACCGAACAGAUGUUACCUGCCUUACCUCUCCAAGGUAUCUUCCUAUCUCAUGGUAACCUUGUGGGAGGUACUACUUCAAGUGAGACCUGAUGAGAGGUUUUAGAUUUGAAUUGUAAGACCUCCUUGGUGUUUUUAUAAUUGAAUUGUAAGAACUUGGUUUUGCACUUAAAUCAGCCUUCAAAGUCACAAUUCUUUUUACAUGAAGCAAACCCACAAACUGCUGUAUUUGCCAGUAUUAGGCCUCAAAUUAUGACACAUGAAUAAUAUAAUGUAUUUUAAGUGUUAAUCACUUAAUCAUGUUAAUGUUAGCAUGGGCAAGGUUGUCCUUGUCAUAACCCUGCAGGGCCCGUGAAGAUCCGG